AAACAUCUGUGCCCGCAGACACUACUUUUAUGUCUUGGGAAAGCCGGCUUUUUUAUCCCUAAAGCAUUUAUUUUCUUGGGUCCGAACUUAUAACAGGUACUUCUAACUUGAACAAGGAAGGAGUUUUUCUACCUGAAGGUAAGAUGGGAUAAAAAUCCUCAUUCUACGCAAAAUGUUUUCUCCCAUGAAACGCAAGGACACCUGAUCUGAGCGCGCAUCGACUCAGUGAACAGCCCUGUCAAUAGACAGUUGGGCUUAAAGAUUUUAAUCGAUGCCAAUGUGGUCCAUGAUUCUUAUUUUUAAAACUUCUAUGCAACAUCAAAUCAUUUCUGAUAUCGUUUGAAAUAUCCGGGAAGUUGAUUUAUAGUGUCAGGAAAAUCGUGCAUUUUAGAUGGGUGUCUUGAACCACGAUUUUACUUAGUCUAUGUUCUCUAAAUAAACGGUAAUCAAAUGCCUCCUUUUUCUCCGCUAAGCUUCUUUUGUUCUUUUUCCUUUCCUUUCAUGAACUGUUUUUAUUUAUGGCUCCAUCCAGUUUUUCCCUUUUCUUUUUGAGUGCACUGCGGAGGAAUCAUUGUAUCAUUAUAAUAUUUCCCAUGUGAAGUUAUUAUUAGUAUUCAUGAAUUUUAGACAGCCAAGGUUUUAACACCUGUCAUGUAGUCAUUUAGCUGGACAAAGGGCAUUAUUAUUAUAAUAUUCCAUCUGAAAAGCGUUGAAAGGAAACUGCUAUAAUAAUUCUCCAGACACUACACUCUUUUAAUAAAAUGAUUCAGUAUAAAUAAGAGUUUUAAUUUAGAAAAUCUUGCAUUAUUUUUUCCCCAAGCAUUUUAAAAAUAUUUAGACACAUUUUCAUAUUUUAUUCAUAAGGACAUCAGCUCCUAUGCUAGUCAUUAACACAGUCAUUGCCUGUUAUUUCUGGCUAUUGGUGUCUCAGUGUGUAUUUUAGCUGUGAACAUUUAAAAGGCUGUGGACAUUCUAAGUGAAGGAAAAUGUCUUAAGACAGCUUUGCUUAAACUCAUAUAUUAAUUUUGUGACAAAAACUAUAAUAAUUUGGAAUAACUGAUCCCACAAGACAAAGAUCCUGCUGAUGUAAAAAAAUCAUCAUAGAAAUCAUACCUUAAAGAAAAGAAAGAAACAGGUUUCCUUAUUGUAAAGGUGUUAAAAGGAAAGGUGAAAGUUUCGUUAGUAUGAAGCAUGCCUAGGGGUAUUGCUACUCCCCCCUGGACAGGAAGCUAGUCUAGUAUGUUGCCACUACCCAUUUAUACACCUGGUUGAAGAGAGACAAAGUGGAGUAAAGGUUCUUGUCCAUGGAACCAAUGCAACAGGCAAGGUUUCAACCUAGAUCUCCAGAUCCAGAGUUUCAGUUGUGAACAACUCACCCACCUAUGCCUCCAUUUCCUUAUUGCAUUAUCCCACUAUUUAACCCUUAAGAGUGAUCAGCGUGAAAUUUCUUGUUAUUAUGUCAAUGCUUUAGAAAACAGAGAGGUUAUGAGAAUUGAGUACAUGAUCAGGGAAGAUGUGUAUACUGUAAUUGAUGAAUUAACAAAUUCGCCCCACUACUUCUGUUGAAAAAGUAUAGGGACAGUAUAUGAGAAUCCCAAUUUUGAUAUUAGGGUUAAAAGGGAUAAAGAAAGUGAGAGGAAGUGGAGGGGGCAUUUUUUCGGGAAAGGGCCCUGUUUAGCCUUUUAGUGGAGUUGGUGGGCUCUGAAUAUUAGGAAGCAUACUAGAGGAUGGAUGCUUCAAUGUUUUGUGAAAAUAAUCUGGUUUAAAGUGGCAAUUAAUCAGAAGAGUGAUUACAGUAGACUGACAGGUAUGUUCCUUGUUCAACCUGUCGCUCAGAUAUUUUAGAUUAUCAUCGGAGUAUAAUAUAUUGUGCGUAGUUUAAAUUUUUUUACUUUUAUAUUGUAUAAGUAAUUCCAAUUAUUUAAUUAUAGAUUGUGUCCCCAAAUUAGUAUAGGGUUGUUCCCAAGCUAUACGGCUCUGACACGUACAUUACUAAUGUUCUGCCAGUAUCAAACAUUUUCAUUAAGGCAACUGCAAGUACUCCAUAGAGGUUCUGUCUUGUGCAAGCCACUGUCAUUAAAGCCUAAAAUGUUACUUGAAAUUUACAUCGAACUUUCUCAGGAAAAGAAUUUUAUUUGGUUCUUGAAUUUACGUAUUACUGGUAUCUUUCUUCACAGUGAGUCGUUUCAGUGUUCAUCUGAAAUGGCUGAAGUGGAAGGUGUCUGCAGCGUUGGUAUGGAGUAUGAAUCUACUGCUGUUAUCUGUAGGCCAGCAGAAAGUAUGUACUGCUUUAUAAGGAUAAAUAAAAUAAUUUUCUGUCUAGCAUGAGAAAAAAGCUAACUUAGUGACAUUUUGUGAGGCCAGCCAUUGUUUCCCUGCAACGUGGCGUCUGAGGAACAACUGCAAAAGUAUUGAGGAUAUGUGACUACCAGAUCUGGGCAAAUUUCUCUCACAGCACAAGCAAUCAGAAGCGCAUGUUGUUUCCAAAGCAAAAUAACCUCAAAUAAUUUGCAUUCUUAUUAUUAUUUUUUGUUGGAGUUGAAUUGUUGUUAAGAUAAUGCAUUUUUUUAUAAGUGAUAAAAUUUCUUUUAGAUUACGUGACUGGCUAUCCAUUAAGGAUCAUUAAACGUGUCUGGGAAACUGCCCACCUACCCCUCCCUGAAGCCAACAUUUUGCUCUAAGUGAGAAGUUAGUGUUAUGUUGUCUUAGGGGAGGGGUAGGUGGGCAGUUUCCCAGACACGUUUUUAAAUGAGUCAUUAGUUUUAGGGAGAUCAUGCCAAAUUUGUUUUUAUAACCACUGAUAACUUACUAUUCCUUUAGAUUCUCCAGCUGCCUGGAAUUUUUUUUAGUUCAAGUUGUCUAAAUACAAAUAAAUAAAUAAUUAUGACUCUCCUACUUUACAGUGUUAGAAAUUCCUGAGGGAGUCCUUUCUGAAGAAAAUAUUCACAGAGUUGAUAUAAUUGAACCAAAAGAGAGCAGAGAAUGGAAGAAAAAACGUAAGUUAAACAUUUACUCUUUUUCUGUAUUAUUAGACUAAAUAAGAGCAGAAAAAGUAGGUGUUUUGUCAAAUUUUGUGUUGCAUUUUGCAGUUUGACUGCCUCAUUAAAGAGAUGCUUCUUAUUCCCCAGCUUAACCCAUCUCUCAUUGGAAAGUAACUCUGUUUGUGCUAAAGUGGUUCUUUUAAACUUGCCUUUAUUAGUUUGCUUGAAACUCUAGCUUUAUAUACAUUUGCAUAAUUGUUCCUUUUUAUUAGUGCAUUGUACUUGCAUAGUAUUGAUAAUGGGGUUACGUUCAUAUAUGACACUAAAACGUCGACUUUUUACUUGCUUAGUUUUUUUCUGUUUUAUCACUAAAUCACUGUUGAUCAUUACAUGUGAGAGAGAUUCUUGUUACAUGUGACUACUUAAAUUUUAUAGGCACGGUUCUAAUUAGUAACUUUUCUAAUUCUCUACACCAGUGGCCAUUGUUUUAUUAGAAAUGAAUAUAACUCUAUCUUUUUGCUGAUCAAAUCAUAUGAAAUAAGUACAUACAGUACAUCUUGAAAUAAAUACAUGCAUAUCUGGAUAAUGUUUAUUGAUCAAUUCUAUGCAACUUGUGCGCUGGAGUGAUCAGAUAAUAUUAUUUUGCUUCUUUUAUUACUGGCUUUAAUAAACAACGAAAAAAAACUUUCUCAACCUUUCAGUAAUUCAUAAACUUUUUUACCCCCCAGCUUGUUACCAUCCAAAACAAAAAUAAAUUAAACCAUCCCCCUCCAGUCCGUCUUUAAAAAGUACUGUAUACUGUAACGCCAAUAUUAAUCCUUCUCAAGACAUCCUCCUCUUCCCUAUCCACCUCCCCCCCAAAAAAGCCCUUCCAUCAUUGCUUUAAAUUUAGAGUAUUCCUUCCUUCUUCGCCUGCACUGUAAUUGAAAUGAUUUUUCCUCCGCAGAUUCGAAGCAGCAAAUAAUACUGCAAAAGAAGAAAGAGUUGUACACAAAACUUGACGAGAUCCUAGUUUUUGCUCUCCGAGAAGAGUUUGAAAUGUGCGCGGGGCACUCCAUUGACCGCAUUGAAAUGAUCGAGUUUCUGACUAAUGUUGUGCAUCGGCAUUUAACCGAUUGUCCAGAGCUCCAGAAGGUGUUGGAUCUCCGCGAUACAGUCCUGACAGGUCGCGUAAAAAAGGCUUUUCCUAGGGUGGAAUUUAAACGGAAACAAAUGCGAAGAGAACAUCACAGAAAAGUGUAUCCUUGGAAAUAUAAUUUUUUAGGGGUUUGCAUGUUUAAUUUCAAUUGGCAGGAAUUAUUAUUUUUUUUCUCCUUCUCGCGCGCUUAUUUCUCACAUGACUUAACAACAAGAGUGUAAGGGCCCGUCUACACGUAAACGGCGUUUUCGGACACAAACGAGGCGGGUUUCGAAAACGGUCCCCGAGUUGAGUACCCUGGGUACCAGAGGAUUUUUCUCGCGUGUGAACGGAGACCGACACGGCCGCAGACCGACACGUGUUCGGACGUUUUCGCGCAGGUUACUUUUUAAGGCUUGACCGAAACCGGAAACCGCACAUGAAAAGCCUCUGGCACCCAGGGUAUGAGUGGAAUUGUUUGAAAAUUCCCGCUUAUCGUAUUCGUAUCGACGGACGAUGGUUAUGUCAUACACAAUACAGCGCAUGCCCUGUAAGUAGAGAACUUUAGAUUCGAGGACGAGAACGACUACGAAGAGGGCAUUUAAUUUAAAGUUUUCUCGCCUAUUCUCUAAAAUAGACACCCCGGAAAGUUUCUUUGUACUUUUUCACCACCAAAGUUAGCACGCUUAGGGCCUGUUUACAAGGAGAGAGGGUUACCCUACAAGAUUUGAAAUAAUACGUGAAGUUCUCUAUGGAAAACACGUUAAGUUAACAAAAAAGCGGGAAAAUAUUAUCGUCGUAUGCCAAAAAUAUAGAUAUGGAAAAUAUUAUCGUCGUAUACCAUCAACUGACGUGAUACAACUCACUUUGACUCUGAAGAUGACUACCGCACAGGUUGUCGAAACGUCAGUCACUGCCAACAACAACAGUCCUAUUCAGGACUACGUUCACGCGGACGAUCAAACUCAACCUACUUUUGAUACCUUAUAUCGUUCAGGUGUUUCUGAUUUGGCUCAGAAAUUGGAUAAUUCCCUUCAAAUUGUCAAGAUUACUGGUCAUGUAUGACGGAGGAAAGUUGUCCCGGGUAGGCGAGUUAUCCCUAGCAGAGCGUUUACAAGGCAGGGAGGGUAACCAUAGCGCUCAGGUAGGGGUAUGCUAGGGUGCAAAGAAAGUUUGUUUUACGGCUUGCCAUUCGGGCAAGUUUUUGCUAGUAUCUACUUGCCCAAGAGUCUUUAAAGUUUUGACUUUCUUUGCACGCUGCCUAGCGCUAGGGUGACCCUACCUGCCCUGUAAACACGUCGUGUAAAAAAAAGAAGAAAUGCAUGUGCGAGGGCCAGGGUAACCCUCUUGCUAGGGUAGCCCUACAUGUAGCACCAGGGUUACCCUCCCUCCUUGUAAACAGGGUCUUAUUUUUGUUGAAGGAGGUAAAGCCCUCUCCCGACGCUAAAUGAUAUUUCUAACGUUCGAUAACUUGUUUUCGCCACUACGACAUUCUGGCGUAAACUUGAAGUAGACUGACGACGGCUACCAAAUUUUCCCGCCAAAAUGGCGUUGGUUCGCACGCGCGUACUACUUAGUAUUGGGAAAAUCUCGUUCUCGUAGUCACCGUGUUCGUCUUAAGAUGUUACACGGGACGAUUCGCAACGACGAUUUCCAGCGCCACACAGCGUUGCAAUGUUGGAACAGUGUUGUAACUACUCAAGACAAUGUCGCAACAAUGUUGCGACCCUAACCCUAACCCUAACCGCUGAAAAUCGUCGUUGCGAAUCGCCUCAUGUAACAUCACCUUUAGAAUCUAAAGCUCUCUGGUGAUGUUAUCUUACUGUAUGUCCAUUGUUUUAGCAUUUUCAUGCGGACGGGCGAAAAAGAUUCCAAUACACUACUUUUGGACACGUAUUUUCUCGAAAACAGAGGGAAAAAAUAUUCGUUUUCAAAUCUGUUCGGAUACUUGUGGACGAGCAUUGAGAAUCACGUUUUCUAAAUCUCUCCAUCGCGAGAAUCGGCACAGUCAUCUAAGGAAAUUUAAAAGAGUAACCCCCCCCCCCCUCCCCUUUUCUCAAGAGAGAGGAGUCUAGCAAUUAUUCGUUCGCCUUUAGACUGUGCAUCAGAAACUACAAAAUCAACUUCAGUUCUUCUUUCUUGACAACCUAAUAGCUGGAUUUAUGUUAACAUAAGACGAAAACUCAGCCGAACUCCUACAGACACUCCAGGUAUGUACGAACUUAAAACUUGCGCACAUAUUACUGGCAGAAUGUUCGAGGCGUAUCGUCGGCAUAUUCGUCCUGUUUUGAAAAUACUGUAAGAGAGACAGUUUGGUAGGUCGCUCAUAUGAAGUUUAAAGAGAAUAAGACCGAGGAUAGUACCUUGAGGAGUGCCGCGGCAAGUUUAAUGUUCAAUGCCUAUGUUGGGAUACAACCGUUCAGGAAACAUCCUCUUCUUACGAAGCUCCAAACAGGAUUUGAACCAGUGAUGACAGAGGUUUCUAAAAACAUAACCUUUGUAACCUUGAUGAAAGGAUAGAAUUGUCGAGUCAACAGAGUCGAAAUUCUUCUUUAGAUCUAGAAAAACCGCUGAAUUAAGGGUGCGUUUAAUGGAUCGUAUUCCGGAAUAAAAAUACACAAAGGUUUUGUGACAUACCGUGAUUUUUGGACCAUUUGGCCCCUAUAUUAAUCAGAAUAUUUUAAUUUGAGCAGAGUUCUAGAUAUUGCAGUAGAAUAAAUGCUAAAAAGGUGAUUUCGAGAAUUGAUUCCAUUGUAGCUUAUUCCGGAAUACAGUCAAUCGACCAAGCCCUAAGUCACCUUUAUCAAGAUCAAAAGCCCAACUUUCGAACAGAUAGCAUCCCUGACGGCGUACUGGAAGUUGGAUAGUUAUAGAUCUGGUUGUAAACUGUUCUUUCAAUGACUUUUGCUGCAAAAGGAUUUAUAGACAUCGGGCAUUCGUCUGCUAGGUGACAACUGCUCGCUGGUUACCUAAAGGAUCGCCUUAGCCGUAGCUAGCGGGAUUUAACGGUCGACAGCUGCUUUCCAGGAUUGCUUUUAUGUCAUUUUUUAAGGUGCAAAACCGCGAGAAGAAUGGGGAUAAGUCAAAUACUAGGCGAUUUCCGAGUUGCCUCAAGCCUCUGUUUCAAAGCGAGGCCAAGUGCGAAGACAUUGACACUAACAUGAUUUUAUAUUCUCGUGUAAAUGAAGCUCAUUUUCAAAAGGAAUGUUUUGCACUUAACCUCGUCGUUUAUAAACCCAGAGAGCUUAUAACAAAAAGUCUACAUUACUUUCUAACCAUCCAGCAUUUCUUGCCAUUUCUCACUAUCCAACUUUAUCAUCUUUCAACAGUACAAACAAGUCACAAGGCUACCCCUACCAAAAACUGGACACCACUGGCUGCUACACCAUCAAACCCGACCUCCCAGACACCAUCAUCACCCGUUAGUGAAGAUGCAUUAGCCAGUUUCUGCCCCCACCCUAACACGUCGUACGAACGUUGUCAUUCAAGUCCUUUAGAAGUAGCUGAAAGCGUGUCGCCCAGUGAAAGCUCUCCAGAGUCUGUCUCUGGCUUUGAUGGCGUACUGUCAUGUCUUAGUGCGUGUAACAGCUAUGACAAUCAAUCUACUGAGGGGAAUGGAUUAUUGAUAGACGGCGUUGCUAUGCAGAGAUGGUAAGUCCCGUUUGUUCAAGACGAAGUUGUUACCUCGUCGCAAAUAUUUCUUAAAUGCUAAAAUUAUUUAAUUUGUUUACUACUACUUUCUUCUUUAUUAUUUCCUGGUCAUUUGAAACAGAACAAGACGCCGUGAGAGCCUAUUCCUGGGUGUACAACAGAGUCUUUCGUCAUUGAUAUAGUUUCACUUCGCUUUGCCAUACCUUACGUUAACUUACAUCACUGGUAGCUCAACCUUCGAAAUAUACGAAUUUGUAUUGGGAAAAAUUGUUUGUUUCUGUAACCUAUGUACAUGACAAGCCUGUGAAGGCUUAAAUGAAAAUGUAUUACCUUACUUAAGUUGUGAGUUUCUCCCUUCUUGUAUGGUCCCGAACUGAUUUAUGUCCGUUUUAAGGUUUUUAUAAGAACCGAUUUGUUCUCUCUAAGAAUAUAAUGCAGAGGAAGGAAACUGCUUCUUAUAAAACCAAUUAAUGAGCAUAAAGCUGCUCGGGGACCAGGCACAAAAAAUUCCCCGCCAUUCCUGCUUUGAACAACUGGCAUCAGGAAUGCUUCUAUCCACGAAAAUGGUGGAAUCUCGCGCGCAUCGAAGCACCCAUUGCGGGGUACUUUUAAGGUAAUGUUACGCGUGACGAUUAUCAACGACGAUUUUUAGCGAAGCACGUCUUUGCAACAGCUGUUAAGGAGCCGUUCGUAAGGUCUCUCCUGAUUGGUCUUUCAAUUGUUUCGGUAUUGUUUGGAGUUAGGGUUAGGCACCAUUGGUGCAACGUUGAAACAAUAAUGCAACCAUUCAAAACAAUAUCGCAACAAUAUUGCAACGCUGUGCUGUGCUAAAAGUUGUUGUUGCUAAUCGUCUCGCGUAACAUCACCUGUACACUUCCAUAACAUAACUUGCACUCAUUUUUUAUUUGUCUCAGGGUUGUAUCGCACUAUGUUCAGGAUGACACGUCCUUUGUACCUGUUCAAGACGUAGUCAAAGCUUUCAAAGAGGAAUACAAUGUCGAUCUUAGUUAUAAGGAAUGCCACCAGAUGAUACUAUCUGCCUUUACCACGCCUAGAAACCGUUUAAUUGCUAAGAAAACGGUUAGGGUCUCGACAUUUGGGCAACAGUACGUCUACAGAGGAAUUGCUCCUAUUAAUAAAGCUAUCUGUUCUUCCGGCGAAACAAAGGUAUGGUCACAGGAAAAUAAUUUUUUGUUUAAUCUGGAUAAAAUUAAUAUCAAAAACCUGUGAGCAAAGGUUUCUCUCUUGCAUAGCUUUAUGCGUUAGAUAAAUUGUUCGCGUGGCCUGUCUUUCACGUAGUUGGUUCGUUACUCUGUAUGCUCGCAGGGUAAAAUAUCCAUUUUUUUGCUUUUGAUUUCAGCUUUAAUUGGUUUAAAAUUCGAGGGACAGUGGUGAGGCUUACGUACAAUCAAUACUAAUUAUCAAAGAAUAGAUAUGAAUUUAUUGUACUCAGGGGUUAAGUUCGCGCCGGCGCAAAAGCUAUCCGUUAUAGUAUGAGCUGAAACAAGUCGACGUCUUGCUGGAGCUGUUGGCCGAGAGGGCCUGGUGCACUAAAUGUGAAUAUUUACUUCCGUCUCAGUGGAUUCCGGUGUCUUCACGUUUGUCACUUCCGCUACGGUCUGAAUACCUGUUCAAACUAUCCGAAAUUUGGCACUCCACUCUCUAGCUGGGCGCGGCGCAGCGCAGCUUUGCUCCGUUUCCUAUUUGUGAACAAAAGCCCUAUCUUGUAUGGUUUUCGUACCGUGUGCCGUCGUAAGAAUUAUCCGGUAGUGUGAACAUCGCCUAUAAGCUCACAGUUAGGUUUUUAUCUUUAGCAAUUAUUGGAAGAAUGUUCGAGUACAACAUGGCGCGAAUCCAUGAAUUAUGAGCUACUUGUGCAGAAAUGAUGCGAUCGGCAGCUGUGUAACACUGGAUACUGCUUUUAAAUUACAUUUGGUCAUUUGGAUUUCUACAGCUGUAGUGUAGGAAGUGUUGCUAUAAGCCCGAGUUCCAGUACCGUAGGUUCCUCUAUUAAGUUAAGCCCCCAGGUAGGGGGUUGCGCUUAUUUAGUUCAAACCUUUUUUAGGGGUUGGGACCUUAAUUAAGACAGGGGGCGUAUUUAAUUGAGAAAAGACGAUAGCACCAGUUUUCCAUAAAGAACUAGAAUACAAAGUGCAGAACCUCAAGAACAAGAAGGUUGGAGGUCAUGCAGAAUCAGAUCCAUCCUGGAUCAGUCCAUACGAAGUUUUACAGUCGUGAUUGAUUAAUACAGUCUCUCGUUAUUUUUUAGUGAAGAAUAAUUAGGGGAGGGGGGCUUGUUAACUUUCUUCCCCUGAAAAGGGGUAGAGGGGGGGCUUAUUAGUGGGAGAGGGCUUACUUGAGAGGGUGGGCUUAACAGAGGAUGUACGGGGUGCUAUUUUGUACAUCUCUUUUCCACGUCUGGGAUUAAGACAAAGGCUAUUUUUAAUAACCCGGUCUAACUUCAAUUAAUGACUCGUUUUAGGAUCCUGAAGACUGUGACAGUGAUCAAAUCAAUUGCCAGUCAGAGAACCCUGCAAGAGAUAACACGCAUGCCUGGAAAGAAAAGAUCCGGGAUAUCACAGAUGAACGCGAUCAGGCGCUUUUGGAGCGUAACCAGGCCCUCACGGCCUUGAUGGAAUUGGAAACGAAACACCAGGAAGCCAAACAACUGAUAGAGAAGUUAAGGAAGGAAAUUUUGUGCAAAAGCGCUGCUGAAAAGCCUUCAGAAGCUUUGAACGAAACAAGAAUGAAAGAAGGUUUUUGUCUGAGGAGUCCUGCGCAAAGGUUUAGUGUCACGCAGUGCGACGGAAAUUGUGACAACUUUUCUAGUGUCGUUGGAAAAGAUUCAGACACUGAUCUAAACAACAAGCACUGUGAUUGGUUACUCUUGAGGGAAGUUGUCACGCAAGCAAAGGAAGAGCGUGACUGUUUACUUAAAAGGCUGGAGAUUGUCAAGAGUGAAAGGAACUCUUAUUUAGAUCGACUGCAUUCUUUGGAGAAGGAAAACCAACAGCUAAAAGAUGAUGUAGGGGUGAGAAACUCGGAGUUGCCUCAAAGUCGCCUCUUGGAUGACAUUUCACGGCAUUUUCAAACAAGAUGCCAAGGCGAAAACGACGCGAAAGGAGCACUGAGUUCCGCGCUUUCUCAUCUGAAGUCUAAACGGUAAGAGAAAACGAAAACGCCCUUUUACAGUUGUGUUCUCAGUGCCCUGUCCUUUGAAUAGAAGCGAGGAUGAAGGUGACCUGGUUUUGUUACAAAUCUUCCUGAUUUUCACCUGUUCACGGGCAUUAAUUUUACUGGAACCGUAUAACGUACUGUGGUACUAUCACAGCGCCUGAUUUACUUGUGGUUUCAAACCGAGUACAGUUGGGUACGUGUCCGUUAAUAGGGAGCUUAAGCAGAAACGACGGAGACGGCUGCGAGAACGUCACUUAAAAAGUUAAUUCGCGCUGCCUCGAACUUUAUCUCGUUUAAUUCGUCAAAUGUUGGCUAACUUUUUUGGAGUUAAAUUCUAAAGGACUGUGUCAAAGUUCAAGGAAAGGAAAAGAAAGUUGUUGUGUUGUUUUCCGGUCCUCGACAAGACAUGAAAUUUGUUACUUUCAUGUCGUAGUCGUGCAACGACGGCUAAGAAAUGUACAAAAAAGCGUGAUGCACGUGCAAAGUCGUUGUUAUGUCAAUCUAAACCUCUUGCUUUUUGUCUUUCUCGUUGUCGUCGCCGUCGUCCUUGCUCAAGCUCCCUAAUUAUGGGCCAAACAACACGGCACCCUCAAAGUCCCGAAAGAGCUCACUGAUCUUUACACAAUCCUCAAGUUUGCUGUUGAUCGGGCCAAUAAUGAACGAAAUACCCCCAUUGAAAAUGUCCAAAAUUUACAGAGAAAAAUAUGGCCCUCCGGACUACCUUUCCGGUAAUCCAUUGUAAAUUUUCAGGUUUUCUAGUGCAUGUCUUUUCUUCAAUAUUUGGCAUACACCAAAUUGAGGAUUUUGUAAUGCUAGGUGUGCUAUUUCUGGUUAUGUAGAUCUUUUGUUGAUAAUCCCAUAAUAAUAUACGGUUUUGUACCCAGUCCUGGUGUGAAAACGGACAAUGUUAUAAUAGGAAUAAGGCCCCGUUCAGACGCCGCUCCACUCAUGUGCCGAACCUAACGGAUGAAUUAAGUGCGGCAAAAACGUUGCAUCUGAGUCAAUUUGGUACGGCAGUUUUAGUUUGGUGCGACAAAAGCGUUAAGUACAUAAGAGUCUGUCAAUCAUUUUUCGAACUUAACUUAAGCUCGACACACGGUGCGCCGUCUGAAUCAAAUGUCGCGCCAGUGUCGCUCCGAAGUCGAACUUAUUCAAUUAGGUUCGGCACAUGAAAAGUAUGGCGUCUGAACCAGCCUCGCACGAUUUGCACUUAAAAAGCAUGAAAGUUUGUAUUAUAACAGGGUCACCUCCAGCCUCGCUUCGGUUCAAAGCCCAGGCCACCUAACCGACAGCUGUAAAACGGCCUUUUUCAUCGGUUGUGAGGGUUGCAUUCAUUUGAGACAUAAGAAGGUUGGGCUGAUGGCCCUGUCUUCCUAGAAGAGAGACGUUUGGCUUGUGUAGGGAAACCUCAGGGUUAUAUUUGCCAUGUCAAACGAUAGGUUAGAAAGCGUAACUGCAAAAUACCUUGCACCUCGUAACCAAUCAUCAUCAUCAUUAUCAUUAUCAUUAUUGACGUUUUAUCGUUAUAAUUAACAAUUAGUCGCCGGAGGCGACAUGAAUAUCGGCGAAUAGUCAUCGAGACGAAGUCGAGGUUACUUUUCGCCGACAUUCACGUCGCCUGAGGCGACUAAUUGUUUUAGUAUAAUUGCAUUGAUGAUUAUUCGAGAAAAUAAAAUUAUUGAUCAAUUUCCGACUCCGAAACAUCAACAAAUCUGGCUGCCAUUUUGAAAACUGCGAGCCUUCAAUGUUAUAAUCACCGACCGGUGAUUGUUAACGUAAUUCGUCACCCAUGAUAUUAAUAGGUAAUCAAAUAGUAUACUCGUCAAAUUAGGGAAUAAUUUCACUUGCGUUUUGUCCAAAUCCUAAAUUAUAAGGAUUUGGACAAAACGCGCGUGAAAUUAUUCCCUAAUUUCACUCGUCACCAUUUGAUUGCACAUACUUAUUUUUUUUUUUUCAUUAUUUUCUUCUCUUUUUAUCUGCACUGUACAAUAAUUACAUGCCAACUAUGCAUUUUCUUCGUAAAUAACAGGAAACAGAUUUCACCGUCAAGACUAACAAAGUCUCCAAAAUAUGAAAAUUCAAACCUUAACGAAGUACACAAGGAGCCAAACAGUUUAGAGCAUCAGACAGCUAGUCAAGAAGUCCACGCUCAUUCUCCAAUCCCAACGCACAGUGAAGUUUCGUCUCCAGGCAACUUGACUGCUUUUAAUGGUGAAAGGUUCAUCGACAAAGAAGGUUUAUGUAAUAUUGUUUCUAGCAAGAUAAGCAAUAACUCUGUUAGUAAUAACUCAACAGUUGUGUCGCACGGCGAGGAACAAGAAAGUAAUGAUGACUUUCUUGUUUUCACAUCUGGUAGCGAAAUGAUCGGUUUUACGCGACAUCCGCUCGAGGACUGAAAGAAAGCGGGAUAUUGUUUGAGGGGACGAAAUGGCACGCUCUAGGAAUUCUAGCUUAUUUGAUCCUGCGC